GAUCCCUAGUCCCUUAUUCCGUUCUCGGGCUUCUCCACUUUUCUCUCGUCUCUCACCGCCUCACGCCCUCCGCCCUCCGCCCUCGGCGACGCUCCGGUCAGGCUGUCCCUCGCUUCAUCGACUCAGCGGCGACCGUACGGGACUCAGGCACUCAGUGGCUCUGCGGACCUCACCUCAGCCACUCAGCACUCUGUGGCUCUGCUUCACUAAGUCACUGAACUCCGAACAACUGUGAUCGCACAAUGGGAAAAGCUAAGAAGUCCCCCAAAUUCGCCGUUAUGAAGAAAAUUGUGACUCAUAAAGCUAUCAAACAGCAUAAAGAGGAGGUUUUGAACCCAAAGAAGAAAGAUUUGAGCAAAGAGAAGCUCCCGCGGAACGUGCCUUAUGUUUCUUCUGCCCUCUUCUUCAAGUAUAACACUGCCUUGGGACCCCCUUAUAGAGUGUUGGUCGAUACCAACUUUAUCAAUUUCUCCAUUCAGAAUAAAUUGGAUUUGGAGAAAGGAAUGAUGGAUUGCUUGUAUGCAAAAUGCACUCCUUGUAUUACGGACUGUGUGAUGGCUGAGCUUGAGAAGCUGGGUCAAAAAUACCGAGUUGCCCUCAGAAUUGCCAAGGAUCCUCGAUUUGAAAGGCUUCCUUGUACUCAUAAAGGAACUUAUGCUGAUGACUGUCUUGUUGAUAGGGUUACCCAGCACAAGUGCUAUAUUGUUGCAACGUGUGAUCGAGAUUUGAAGCGAAGGAUCCGUAAGAUACCUGGUGUACCAAUCAUGUAUAUCACUCAACACAAAUACUCAAUUGAACGGAUGCCUGAAGCAACAAUUGGUGGAGCUCCAAGAAUUUGAUGGUAAUCUGUCAAUCUGGCUGCGAGCUGUAACCGGCUAGCUAAAUACAUGAUCAAAGCAUCUCUACCCCAAGAAACAAACUUCAGAGAGGAGCGAGGAAGGAGGGUAUUUGGAAUGAAAUUUUGUUUCAAAAUUGAUACUCUAUAGCAAUUGCAUUAGUUCCUCCAUUGUAACAAUUUUGGUUCUAGUACCGUACCUGGUGGCUUUACCACACUGUCAUGUAUUAUUAUUAUUAUUCUUAUUAUUUUAUGGUUGAAGAUAGUAUUAUGAGCCACUUUGGAA